AUCAAUCUAUCAUUAGGUCUUGUUUUUGACCGCUGUAUUGUGAAUUGAAUACCACAGUUUAAGGGCUUCACACUGCCGCAACCCAAAAUCUCUCCGUUCUGAAAUUUGCCUGGAUUGAUUUAUGUCAUAAAUAUAUGUCAUUUCUGGCACACCACUUCUCGGUGAUCGAUCAAGCGGGGCCAAGGAAUAGGAGCGUUCCUUCAAUGUCCAGAGCUAGUCAAAACAAGAAGCAUGCUCAUUUAUUCGGAUUGGGUGAUCCGCUCAGUGCCCCGAACUUGAGCACAGUAGCUACUGAUGACCCAUUAUCACGGUCAGCUUCACCAUCCAGCACGCACACUUCAGAUCCCUUGUCUUUUCUAUCUAAAAGAGCUGCUAGUAAUAAUGGCAGGCCACAGUCUCCACUCUUCGACGACACAGACCAGCUGAGACCUGCAUCGUCAGUGUCAUAUGCUACUCGGAGAGGCAGUAAUGGGUCUACUUCUAGUGGAUCGAGUACACCUAUACCAGCCUCAUCUGUGUCGACUAUGCCAUCAAGUAGAGCUUACAAAAAUGGAGGGUCAGGUGGCAGUAUUUUCGGCGAUAUUGAUGUUACAAAGUUAGGAGGCGGCAGUAUCUUUAGCAAAAAGCCGCAAUUGAAGAUGCGUAGCCGUCUAGAUCAAUACACGGAUGAAGACGACAUUUUUACAAGUGGACAAUCUCGCAGACGGCUUACGCCAACUGAAAGUAGUCCAGUUUCGCAAACCAAUCGAUCGCCUGUUUCUUCGCGCCCUGAAACACCAGGCAGCUUAAGUCCUUCUGACGAAGAGCAUAACAUGGAACCGGAAAAGAAUUCGGACCCAUUUACUGCAGAUAAACGAGAUUGGGAGAAGUUAAUGGACAAUGAAAAAAAUCGCUUUCAAAGUCCACAAGGGUUCAGAGAGUUGGCUCAACCGGAGAUCGCUAAAAAAACGACAUCGCCUCCAGUGAAUAAUGCGCCAUCUAAAGGCAUCAACUCUCCCCCUCCUCAGCCUAAAUCCGCAGCAAAAACAUCAUCAUCGAUUUUCGCUUCAGCCGCAUCCAAUAUUGCUAGGGCGAGGUCUCCCAAACAAUCACCCAAGCCGGUAGAGUCGUCCAUAGUGGAGUCACCCAAGCCGGAAGAGUUACCAAAGCCGGUAGAGCCGAUAAAGCCAGUCGAACUUCCCAAGGCGAUUGUGUCACCCAAAAUAGCACAGCGUAGCGAAAGUAGUGAAGCUAUAUUCGUCAGCAAAGUGAAUCAAGUGGCAAAGCCGGUUGCACCACAGAGCCAACCAGAGACGAUACUUCAACCGUCUGUGGAUGUAGCUUCUGAACCUUCACAUGAUGUGGCAGCAGCAUCGAGCGACAGGUUUGAACAAAUUAACCAUCCGCAACCUAUGUUUGAGGAUGAUCCCGAAACCAUCGCUUUCCGAAACGAUAUGUCAUUUUCUUUCAAACCAUCGGUGCCUAACACCAACUUCCUAGAUCCUACAGAAACAUUCCCGCCAUCCACCGAUGACCUGCAUACAACCAUUAUACCAAAAACCAUUAUUAGCCAACGGACAGCAGAUAUCGAUGAUCCUUGGCAGAGCUCAAUAAUACCGAUCCAAACCACGGUUGACCCACCCACCGUUAUUAAACCUAAUCCCGACUAUGAUAUGUCGGCUUUUCAACCACUUGACAUGGGUGGUCAUCCCGCUGAUAAUCUCAAGGUCAACUCGGAGAGUAUACCAGAAAACAAGCGAAACGCAUUUUCAGACCUGAUUUCAAGUUGGAAUUCUGGUUCAGUGGGUCAAAUGGAAUACAUGACUGACCCAGCAUACAUGCAGGACGAUAGUGAAUUUUAUCAACGUGUUGCCAGCCAACAAUCCGAUGUGGGGUUCAAAGGCAUAGAAGACCGCACCGAUACUGCUCCCCGAUCUAGUUACUCUGAUAGCUAUCACCAUACUUUACCUGAUAGACUGGGUGAUAUGAGUCUCAAUGAUAAUCCUUGGAGUUAGUUCAUGUGCACAAAGAAAAAAAAAAGUCCUUGUGGAGACGUUGUAAUAUUGUUCCAAAAAUAAACUCGCUAGCUAGUUAAUUUACUCUUACA